UAAACUUAUUAAAUAGAUUUUUUGGCAUCGAUUUUCCUUAGUCAAAGAGAUGAGUAAUAUAUACAUUAAGGAACCUCCUACAUCAGGAAAGGUUUUAUUGGAGACAUCUGUUGGAGACAUUGAUAUCGAGCUGUGGUGCAAAGAGUGUCCUAAAGCAUGCAGAAAUUUCAUCCAACUAUGCAUGGAAGGAUAUUUCAACAAUACUUUUUUCCACCGCUUAAUUCCAGGCUUUUUAGUCCAAGGAGGAGAUCCCAGUGGAACUGGAGACGGGGGAGAGUCAAUAUAUGGCAAAGCUUUUAAGGACGAGUUUCACCAGAGGUUAAAGUUUGAGCGUCGAGGGUUGCUGGGCAUGGCAUCUGUAGAACCCAAUAGCAAUAGAAGCCAGUUCUUUUUCACGUUGGAUGCAGCACCAGAACUCACAAACAAGAACACUUUGUUCGGAAAAGUGAGUGGCAACACUCUUUAUAAUAUGCUGGCUUUGGGAGAAACAGGGCUGGAAGAAGAUGGUCGGCCGUCGAAGAAAAACUACAUUUUUAAAGCAGAGAUUCUAAACAAUCCCUUUGAUGAUAUUGAGCCUCGAGAAAAUGUCAUUGCUGCGUCUCGUGGAAACUCCAAUCAGAAGAAAGAAAAUGAAGAAGAAGCCCCAAAAGCGAAGGUGCAGGCAGUCAAAAACUUCAAUCUGUUAUCUUUUGGCGAUGAAGCGGAAGAAGACGAGGAAGAAAUGGACGAAAAGUCAGCAGUUCAAUUUAAAGGAAGUGCUCAUGAUUUACUAGCAAACGAUCCCAAACUAGUUAAACACAAUGAGAAACAAAACACUCGCGAAGACGUGGAAAUUGUUUCUAGAAAGCAUAAGGUUCAACCAAGUUCGGAUGUCGAAGACGAUAACGCAAACAAAAAUAAGAAAGCUAGAAAUAGUGGAAAGUCAAAAAGUGCAGAUGAUUCGGAUUCUUCUGAUUUAGACAUUAAUAGUGAGGCUGAAAGAAAUACGACAGAAAAAAUAGCAAAGCUGAAAGAAGAAUCAGAAAAUCUGAAGGCUGAACUCAGUUUGAAAGCAUCGAAAAAGGCACAAGAAGCAAAACAAAAGAAAGAAAAAGAAAUUAAAGAUCAACAAAAUGCUGAUGACAUCUACAGUACAGCUUAUAUGAAGAAAUACCAGCAUCUGAAGAAGAAAUCGUCCAAAUCACAGUCGGAAAAGAAUUCCAAACAGGAUUCCGACGAGUUUCACCAGAGGUUAAAGUUUGAGCGUCGAGGGUUGCUGGGCAUGGCAUCUGUAGAACCCAAUAGCAAUAGAAGCCAGUUCUUUUUCACGUUGGAUGCAGCACCAGAACUCACAAACAAGAACACUUUGUUCGGAAAAGUGAGUGGCAACACUCUUUAUAAUAUGCUGGCUUUGGGAGAAACAGGGCUGGAAGAAGAUGGUCGGCCGUCGAAGAAAAACUACAUUUUUAAAGCAGAGAUUCUAAACAAUCCCUUUGAUGAUAUUGAGCCUCGAGAAAAUGUCAUUGCUGCGUCUCGUGGAAACUCCAAUCAGAAGAAAGAAAAUGAAGAAGAAGCCCCAAAAGCGAAGGUGCAGGCAGUCAAAAACUUCAAUCUGUUAUCUUUUGGCGAUGAAGCGGAAGAAGACGAGGAAGAAAUGGACGAAAAGUCAGCAGUUCAAUUUAAAGGAAGUGCUCAUGAUUUACUAGCAAACGAUCCCAAACUAGUUAAACACAAUGAGAAACAAAACACUCGCGAAGACGUGGAAAUUGUUUCUAGAAAGCAUAAGGUUCAACCAAGUUCGGAUGUCGAAGACGAUAACGCAAACAAAAAUAAGAAAGCUAGAAAUAGUGGAAAGUCAAAAAGUGCAGAUGAUUCGGAUUCUUCUGAUUUAGACAUUAAUAGUGAGGCUGAAAGAAAUACGACAGAAAAAAUAGCAAAGCUGAAAGAAGAAUCAGAAAAUCUGAAGGCUGAACUCAGUUUGAAAGCAUCGAAAAAGGCACAAGAAGCAAAACAAAAGAAAGAAAAAGAAAUUAAAGAUCAACAAAAUGCUGAUGACAUCUACAGUACAGCUUAUAUGAAGAAAUACCAGCAUCUGAAGAAGAAAUCGUCCAAAUCACAGUCGGAAAAGAAUUCCAAACAGGAUUCCACAAUGAAGAUGUUGGCGCAGUUUGAAGCAAAGUUGAAUGCGGCAAACAGGUUAAAUUUGGCGUCCAGUUACGACGACGACGAAGAAGAGGAUGAUCCAACUGCCGUCACUACACAAGAUGUUCACAGCUCUUCAGCGUGGUUGACUCACACAUUCAAGCCUGAAACUGAUGACUCGAAGCAGGCAAGAGACGCCAAUGUGCAGAGGGCGGACGAUGAGUACGAGAUAUUUGACCCCAGGAACCCCAUGAACAAACGCAGGCGCCUCAAUGAGGCCAAGAGUGCCAAGGACAGACGAAGGCCUCUAGCAGGAGUCAAGGAUCUGGACUAGUGGCAGUCAAAAAGAGUUGAAAUUUUUAUUGGUCCGCUACAGUUGUCUGAACUUAGCGGAACAGUUGGCUUGUAAAAGUGGCGGAGCAAUUGGGUCCUUGAGUCGCCGAGUUUGAUGCUCUUGCUCUCAUAUAUUGCGGUCCGUGCUUAGUUGACGAUAAAGCGUGAUUCGUUGUGGAUUCUGGAAGGCUUCUAGAAACUCGAAAGAUUACAAAUGCAGUUUUAAAAAUAUUUAUC